UCAUAUACAAAGUACAGUCAUCCUUCCCCCUGUGACAUGUACAUCCAACGAUUUUUUGAACAAGAUUAUUUUUUUUGUUUGAAACGUGAUCUCCACACUUCUACCCGGAGUCGUGCUUCCUCUCCCCGCUGCGAUUCAUGGUUGUUAGACGGGGUCGCGGUUGCCGGCUCCGGCAGUAAACCGACACCGUGAGGUGGGGCUGCUACUUGGCAGAGUAAAGGAAACGCGGAAGUCAGGAGCGGCCGAGCAAGCAGCGCCAUGUCAGACUACUGUAGACGGUUGGACAAGGAUAAAGAGUUUCUAUUAACUGAAGGUACGCUCAGUGAGAAACUGGUGGACAGAAUUGUUCUUCACCUAUUCAGAAUUUAUCCCCAAAUUCUGAAUAAUACAGAAGCUGAAAUGUUCAGGAGUCUAAAUACUCCAGUGUGCAUUAGGAUAUCCGAGCUCCUCGUUCAUCUGCAGAACAAGAAUAAUAAAGCCUGUAAGGAAUUUUACAACGCAUUGGAGAUAAAUGAUCCUCGGAUAUAUGAAAAGCUUCCAAGCAAACACCUAGGCAAAACAACAGAUUCAUUAGGAAUCAACAUGGAUAUCUACCACAGACAGAAAUACAUACUCAAUAACAGGGGUCCUGCAUUUUUUCUGGCUUGUUUUAGUGUUGCAGCUGGAUUGGCUUUCCUGCUUUAUUACUGUAAGGAAGAUACCAAAAUUGAAAGUGCUGCAAAGAAAAUUGUAGGAUUUUCUUACCUCGGUUUUGGAAGAAGAGCAAGAAGAUACUUGUUAGCAUACCUUGAAGACCAAUCAAAGAGGAACUAAUGAUAAUUACCCAUUUAAGAGAUUAGCAUAUCGAUUUCAGUUUAAAAUGUCUGGGAAUACAUGCACUUCCAUUUUCCAGGACAGCUCUUCUGCUGAUACCAAAGAGAUAGCAUUUUCUGUUUGUACAUGAAGUAUAUGCACUUGCCAUGUUAUUGCUGCAGGUCAGCACUUGUGGGCCAUAAACCUCAAAGAAGUCAAUGAUAUAGUAAACAAAUAUUAAGAAAUGCAUGUGGCUUUUACCUCCUGUGCUCUCACAGUGCUGGCUGAUAUGCAUAACAGCUAUCCAAUCGUUUUUAAUGAAAAUACUGUAAGAUUUAAGUCAACCAUUUUGGAUAGUUUACUGAACUCCAGUCGGUAAACUUUCCAAGUGUUUAGGCUUUGCAAUGAAUGUUACUUUCUGAAUUUUUUGAUAAUUCCCUAGAUAAGUUAAAAACUUCCAAUGAUAUUGGUGCCAUAGGUACAGUUACAAGGCAAUUAAAUGACAAGAAGUGUGUGCAGACACUUUCUGCUUGCAUAGAUAUGAAUGAAGGGAUGAGAGCAGAAGUUAAUUCAAAUCUGUUCAAACAAUGAGCUGUAGCCAUCUUCUAUUACCUGUCUUUUAUAUGAAAAGGUGGCUGUCCUCAGAAAAUUCUCAUUCUUUGAAAAAGAAUCUUGGGCCCCAAGACGACUUAAAAGCAACAUAAAAUAGUCAAUCUACAGGAGUUGCAGUUACAUCAUAGUUGUGUGAAACCAAACUGAAGCAACCAUUACUGUUGCUUACAUGAAUACUGCUAAAUAUCAGAGGGGGGGGGGGGGGGGAACAAUCAACAUUAAGCUGCAAUUUUAGAGAAAGGGAAAUUGGCUUAGAUUUAUCCAAGUAGGACCCACCAUCUCCACAUUCACCACUUACCCAAAACUUCCCCUCUUGGAUCUCAUUGGCCUUAAUGGACCUGAAGCUGAGCAACAAGGCCCUGCUUGGUGACAGAACCUCGAAUGAUGUAACUGGUCACAUGGGUGGGUCAGAACAAGCUCCACCCAUGAAACUUGUUACGAACCAGCAACAAAAGAAACUCACUGAGCCAUGAUUCCGUGUUAAAAACUACUUUAUUAAUAACUACUUAUGAUAAUAAGAAAAAUAAGAGUAAAAAUGUUAGAAUGUUAGAAGUAAAAAUGUUAAAUCUUGAACAUUAACCCCAAAAAUUAAACUGGUCGUGUGUGUGUGGCAAAGUCCCAAGCUCCAAGUCCAGGAAUGGUUAUUAAAGUUCAGUUCAGCAAGCCAUAAGGUGAAACAUGAGCAAAGGCUUCUUCAACAACCACCGUUGUCUGAAGAUAAAAUGUAGAUGUAGAGAACGUAGAGAGAGUGAUUACGAAAUCCAAAUGUUCCACGAUGGAACCCAAACAACACCUCAGUGUUUACUCGGUAGUGACUUCCUCACCCUGAAAAGCAUCCGAAUCGUAGUCAUCCACACAAAUACCUGUUUCCCUCUACAGGUCAGCAACAAAGUGAACUCCACCAGAUUACCCCCAAUUUCCAUACGUGGAUUGUAGUGACAGACACAGUUAUUGUUUCUCAUCCAUCGAUAGAGAAACUAGCAGGCUGGUGUCUCUCUCUCUUUUCUCCCUCUCUCUCUGACUGACCGACUCCUCUUCAACAACGUCAUUAUGUCCUUUAUCUUCUGUUGACAUAAGCAUGCCACACACACACCCACACACACCACUAUGCUCUAUCUUAAAGGAACAUUCACCUAGUCCGUAACAAACUCCACUGGAAGUUUUUGAUGGAGAGUAGAACAGAAAGAGCAAUUAAAAACACUAAAACACUUCUGAAUAAUUAAAACCCACUUAAACUAUAAAUAAAUAAUUUAAAAAAAUCUUAAUUUACCUUAUUCUUGGCUUUCUUCUCGGUAGCCCUACAAUCUCAAUUCAAAUCAAUGUCCUGAGAACAGAACCCACAACGUGGGUGCAGGGGAAUCUCAGCAAGCUCUUACAUCCUUAGCUGAAAUUACUGCUGGAGCUCAACCAGUAAGAUCGGGACUUUCUAAUCCUUGUGCCAGUCCUGCCACUUGCUGGCUGUUCUGCAUGGCAAUACACAGUGAAAUCCAGGCCAAUGGAACCUUGCCAAUGAUUCAGUAGAGUGCCUGCAGUAUUAGGAAUAUCUGGGCUUUCGGUGGAAAGGGGACUGUAAAUCCAUUUGUUAGAGGUGUUAAAUGAAUUCUUGGAGACUGGGAAAUCCUGUAAGGUCCAGCAGCAUGACAGCAAUCUGCUCACGAAGCACCGACUUGACUGGUGCUGACGCAUUCUUCAUUGUCAACUUGAACAUGUACUCAAAUAAGUAGUUUAAAAAGGCAUUCUGUUACAUUCUUAUGCUAACUUAUCAGUUCUAAAGCUCCUACCUCUGACAUACCACAAUGGAUCCUUCUGUAUGGAGGUUCUGACUGUUGGGUAUCUCUGCUGCACUAUUUGCACAGCUAAACAUUUGGAUCUAUUGUCAUCCCGUAUGAAGUUGUCUAUAAAAGUUAAAUUACAGAUCAGCUCUUAUCCACAAUCACUUCACUGCUUAUCAGGAGCUUGAACCAUGGCCAGUAAUUGUAAACAGGCACAGGAUUGAAGGCUUCCCAUUAAAAAUAAUCUGCAAAUUACACAUUUUUUGAUGAGAAAGUAGUAAUUUACCUUUUGUAACUGAGAAACUGUUUCCCUCGAGCAGGUCAAACAGAAGAUAUUUAACAGGAAUUAGGAAGUUGAAACUUCUAUUUAUGCAAUUGCCUAAUAUACUUUUUAAUCUCAAUUUUAUAUUUAAAUUUGCAGCUGAUAAUCAUUAUUCUGGUAAUUAAGUGCAUGACUUUUAUUCAGCAAUUUUCAUGUUGUUGCUACUAUAAAUACAUUUAAUCAAAAGCAUUCUCAGAUCAGAAUCAUAACUUGUAAACAAAUGAUGCAGCCUCAUUUUAAGGAUUAGAUAUAUUUUUUGCAGUACCAGUGAUUUCCAUUAAAUGGUAGAUUGGUAGAGUUUGUAAAAUUUGUUUAAAAAAUGUAAAGAUUCAUAUUGUUUUGCAUCCUGCGUAAGGAUGUGGUUAUUCUGUGGUCUCAUUUUGAGCUGUAAGGUGCUGGAAACUUUAGUCUUUUUGACUUCAGGGAAUUCAUGGAAUAACACUGUUGUUCAUUUUGAAAUAGUGAGGUCAGGGAAAUGUCAAGUACAUUUGACAUUUCUCAUGGAACACAGGGAUCUUGUCUUGAACCGGGACAAUAAAUCAGGAACUGGAAAAUGUAAGGCAUGAAGGUUGAGUGGUUUGAACUUCUGUCCUGGUGCAAAAUUCUUUUUUUUAUUAAAUACAUGUUUAAUAUUAAAUUUGAUUGCUUCUUGUACCUAUUUUGUAAUAUAUUAUACUAUGCAAGAACAUUUGCUUAAUAAUAGGAUGUGAUUAACACAGAGCUUCAUCUGUUACUAUUAUGGAGGGAGAGGAGAGUGUCUUUGUUCAUCAUAUGGGUGUUAAGAUUGGUGAAAGAGAAAGUGACCAAAGAGCAUCAAUGAGGCAGGGAAUAGCUAUUAAAAAGAGUAUUAAUAUUAGAGGGGCUGUGCUUCAUUAUGAAAAAAGAUGAAUGCAGUAAUGGAGCAAGUCAGGAAGAGAAAUAGAGUAGCAUGCAGACAAGCAAGAGAGGUUUGGGGGAUGCAUGUUACAUUUGUGAAGUUAUCUCCAGCAGCAUUAAUCAAGGCCCAUACAAACCACCAGUCAUAAACCAAUCACUGUGAUGUAUUUGGCAGUAUCAUUGUGGUCCAAGGUUUCCUUAAAGGAGCAUUCUGUCAUUAAUGGGAGUCCAGGCAUGAGCAGUAUUAUAGUAAUAUAGAGGCAAAUCUCUGGAAUUCUUUGGCUUCGUUCCUUCUCUCUUAUCAACUGGCACAUUUUCAAAGUAAAGUUGCUGAGGUCUUCUUUUGAUAUUGGUACCUCAAACCUUGAGCUAGUAAUUGAAAUGAUGUCAUCAUCCCAGUGUCUUGCAGAUCAAUAGUUUUUCCAUGAACAUGUUUGCAUCAACUGGAACAUAAAAAGGGAAAAACAUGAAUGUGUGAAUCCAAAGAGUUAAUCAGAUUAUGCAACAAAAUGAAGUGAAUGCAGAACCUGAUGCAUGUGUGUAUAUGCGUGUGCACUAUGUCAAUGUCACUUCAGGGUUUGUUUAAUCUUUUUUCCCAAUUUAGCAAGACUAAAAACCAAGCUUCAUUAUGACCAUUUGUAAUUAGCAAUAAAUGGAUGCUUGUCAACAAGUCAUGUGUAUGGUGCUAUGUCAACAUUCAGACUCUGUGGAAAACAGUGAAACAUUCCAA